AUGUCCUCGCAUUCCUCUCAAAGAAGGUCCUUUCGACAACCGACGGAGCCGCCUGUUCUUCCCGGAAUCAACGAGAUGUUCCCUGAACAUUUCAUGAAAUACACCCCAAACCUUCGCUUCGUCUUGAAGGAACAAGACGACGCAUAUUACUCGGAAGAAGCACGACGACCACAAUCAGGUCGGAGUCAUAGCUACGACUCCACCUGCUAUGCUCCCCAUAGCCCCCACGAGUCGCAUUCCACAAAUCAUUCUCAAUCACCCACCAGCAUCCGAGGUCACCGUGACCAUUCCUCUACUUGCAUAUCCCACCAUCAUCUUCCACCACCUCCCGCCCAUGAUCGAGAGUCAUCCGAAAAGAAACACGUAUGCCCAAUAUGUUCCAAGCGAUUCAGUCGGCCUAGCAGCCUAAAGAUCCAUGUCAACACCCAUACAGGAGAAACACCGUUCCGCUGCCCGUUCCCUGGAUGUGGGCGUGAAUUCAACGUCAACUCCAACAUGCGCCGUCAUUACCGAAAUCACGCUGGAGCCGGUAGCUUAUAUCUCCCGGAAUAUAACGAUCACGACGAGGACGGGCCUGAGUCACCCCCUUCCUACCAUUCUUCCCAUUCUCAUUCCCACUCUUCGGUUCCUAAUCCCAAUUCGUGGCAAAGUCACGGUCGUCCACCACCACCACCAUCAUCAUCAUCAUCGCCGUCGAAUGAACGUUAUUUGGGUCGUGGAUACUCGGGUUCUGAACUUGGUGUUCGUAGGUAG